GUAUCGAUUCCGCGGCGCCUUCAGUCGGCGUCCGUCGAGCGCCGCGCUGCGCCGAGCCGCCGGCGAGCGGGCGUCGCCCCUCCUCGCGGCCCGCGCCCCGCAACCGCCCUCGUCCGUCGAAUCUCUCGUCGUCGCCGGCAAACUCGAACGACCUCUUUUCGCUAACUAACGUCGCACCCGCGUCCGAUUCCCGCCGCGAAACUGCGCUCGAUCUCUUCGCGUACUCAUAAUCGCACUCUGAAAUAUUUUUCAGAGUUUAGUAGAAAUAUUUUAAAGAAACUUUGUUUCAUAGUUUGGAAAUAAGCGGUCGUUGAUUUAAUGUAAGAUUUCAUUUAGUUUUUGUUAGAGUGGGUUUAGUCAUGGACUUGGCAAGUUUAGUUCAAUAGUGGUAGGGUUGUUAGAGCGCAAGAGUGCGGUGAUGUGGCGGUGCGCGGCUUGGCGAGGAUGUCGGUCGCGGCCUGCGUGUGCGCCGGCGGGCGCGUAGGUCCUGCACCAUGGACUGCUGCAACUACGGGGAGUACCGCGGGCCGGGCCAGUACGCGCCCGCCUGGGACGGCUACGGCGGCUACGCACCGCUGCCUUACGCGCCCUACGCGCACGCCUACUACGCGCCGCACGCGCACGACCCCUACGCGCGAUACUACCGCUAUGACUAUCCCAGUCAUCACAUGCACCAUGAACAUGUCAUGCCUAUGGAUUACGGCGGGUACGCGUCGAAGGAGGCGCGCGUGCGACGCUCGCUGGCGCGGCGGGAACAGCGCGCGCACACCCCCGCUCAACACCUGCCUCUCCCACCCACGCCGCCGCUAGAAUGUGGAAUGAACGGUCGGGGUCCCGCUUACUGCGAACCGCAGAUGUGGCCGCAUUAUCAGCAGAUGGGUGCUAUGGGUGGCGGUGGCUGGAGUGGCGCGAACGCAGCCAACGGGUGGGCCCCGCGCAAUGCGUGCUCGCGUGACCACAUGCGGUAUCCUCCUGAAUGUCGCCCGAUGAAGAGUGCUCAUUUGCAUAGUCAAAGUCAGGCUUGUCAACAAGAUGGGAGAUCCACGCCUUAUCCUGUUUAUGAAGAUUCACAUUACAAUGGAGAGGGUGGUGCAAGGCAAAGAAAUACCCCCGAAUUCACGCCGGCUGUAACACAGAGUGAAGCAAGCCGCGCUCCUCGUGAACGUUUUCCUGUCGAGCCACGUCGCUCCCCUCCCGAAGAGAAGCGGGCGCCGCCAGUAGUUCCGUUGCCAGCUUUCCAACAAGCGUUUGGGUCAACAGAGAUCGGGAAAUUUGCCGAGGCAUUUAGUCGGACGGAGAUCGCAGUCGACGAUACUCCCGCCGACAAUUUUAUGUACGACUCGUUUCCCGAGUGGGAUGGAUCUGUCGAGCCUCAAUGGUCCUCCCAGCCCGCGGCGCAACCCACGUCGCGGGAAAUCAAAUGCGAAGACAACUUUUAAGUUGUCUUUGCCCUAGUACUAAUUUGUAGGCAAAUAUGCCUUUUAGUUAAAUUAGACAAAUUGUAGUUCCACCACCAAGUUGCCAAAAUGAGUAGAAUUGAGAUGAGGAGUUGAAUGUCAUAGGACUAUUAUGAUGUGAUGUCAAAAUUACUGAAGAUUACGAAAAUUUAAACGACCGGAUAAAAUAGUGGUGUGACUUUUAAUUCAAUAUAUAAAGUAGUUUAAUUAGUUAAUCCCUUUAACUAGUUUUAGGCCGAUCUUGAAAUGAGAAAUAUUAUAACGAGGAAGUGGGAAGGUUAGGUACUGCAUAUAGGAUAACAAAUGAAUCAUGACUCAAUGUGCCUUUAUUCGGAGAGCCCGGCCGCUACUCGCGCGGUGUCGUCCGCCCCAUUCUGCGUUGCUAUGUACGACAUAACAUUACAAUAGCAAUUAUAGGGACCAACGUUUAGACAAAUAUACACGACCCGGUCGCGUGCACACACCAUGCGCAAUAAGCUCAACGAAAUACUUUAUGAAUGUUCUGGGAUUUUAAAGAAAAUUAUAGCAACAUUAACUUAAAUAAAAUAAAUAAUAAACAAAUUAGUAGCUUGUAAUUAAAUAAUAAAAUAAUUAAAACUUGAUCUUUCAAAACUAACUGUUCCCUUUAAAAAAUAUGCUUUCUUAUGCUAUCCUGUAUAAUUUUGAUAUUAGAUACAUAAUGUAAACCUUCUAAAUUAAAAAACUCAUAAUAAGGCAAUUCAUAUAAUUUGAUUCCUAUUUCUGUUAGACAUAUAUCUAAUUAUAAUAAUAAUUAUAACAAAUAAAUAAUGAUUGUUAUUGAAAAUAUUUGAGGGGCUAUGAGACGCCGCGCGGUCUUAUUAUAAACAUUCAAAAUUUUUCAGAAAGUAAUGAACAAGUCAUGUGUGUAGGUAUAAAUAGGUAGUUAAAUUUGAUAAAAAUUUUAAAGAGAUUACUUAUGAAUAAAAUGGCUUUUUAAUUGAAUAUUUAGGGGUCCAACAACGUUGAUGUAAAGUGUUUGUCGUGAUUUUAAUUUUCCAUUUAGAAUCACAAAUACGACAGCAAUAUAUCGCGUAGAUAUAUACUGGUAAUCAGUUGCCAUCGAUUACCCAAUACCUAGCUGAAUUAAUGUUACAACAAAAUGUCUGUUGUUUGUUAUGUUUAGUUAGGUAUAUCAACUUUAAUGGUUGCUUGGUGACAAAGAACUAAUGUCGUUUCUCGUUUAGAAACUGAGUAUUUAUUAAAUUAUUAAGUAUGAGUUUUGUAAAUGAUUAGUGUCUGUGAUAGAGUUGUUUGUGUAUGUAUAUGUUUUAAUAUAGUUUGCUAUGUAAAUUAUGUCCUACAAAUUAAAAUUUGGUAUUUAUGUUUAUAUUGUCAUUCAUUAGAUGUUUAAACUGUCCACUUACAGGCGAUUUUUAUUUAUCGUUGACGAGCUUUCGUGAUCGUUUAUAAGAAAGCUACGUUUAUGUAAGAACAGAGAAAUCCAAACAUUCCGAAUUAUUUCAUAGCCCUUUUGAUUCCACAACGAAUUCAUUGUCACAGUGUUAUUGUGUAAACAGGUCCCGAGACUAUGUUUGGUAUAGCACCUGUCGAAUUUGUUGUUACAUCUGUUUGAUUGUCAGCGGAAGCUAAAGUUGAUGUUAGUUACUUUGUUUCGAGCUUAAUACUUAAAUAAAUUUAUCUUAUAAUGUGCGGUGCAUGGAUAACAGUAACUUCCAGUGGUCUUCAUUUUUAUAGAGGAAACUUGUGUGACAGUAUUUUCGGUCCUUUUCGAUUAAAAAAAAAAAACAGCAAAAUUAAUGGAGUGCCUUACGUAUUUAAUAUGAUAUGAAAUUAGGAUGGAUGAAUUUUAUUCUAGCAUAAUUUGAUGAAACACCAUAAUAAAAUAUAAUAGCGUAAUGAAACUUCUUUUAAAUCGAGUAUUUCAUUAAUUAUUAGAUAUUGUAAUGAACUUAAUAAGAGUUAUUUAAUGAUUAUCUUUAUAUAUAAAUAUAUAUUUAAAAUAAUCGUGGUGUGCACUAAAUUAUUUUAUUGCAAAGUUUAUUAAUUUAAAAAUGUUUUGUUAUUUUCUUAGUAGAAAGAAACGAAGUAUGAUUUUAGUACCUAGUGUUUAUUAUUAAGAUUAAAAAUAAACUUAUUCCGAUUGUAUUUAUUUAGUUAUAGUGUGAUCAAUUUAGGUACGACUUUAUGUAACUAGUGUGUACACCAUUUCUUCCGACUUCGAGUUAUUUAGAGGGUAUGUUUACUUUCAUACAUAAUAUAUUAUUGCAAGGCUUACAUUUAAAGAGGAAUAUAGCAAAUAUAAGCGAACGCUGAACAAUUUUAUCUUGAAUAAAGGGUCUAUUACGAAUUUUGACUUUGGGUUUAUAUUUUCAUUUCAUUUUUGAAAACGAAAUGAAAGUAUAUUCUAACCUAAACGUCAAAAGUCGUGCUUAUACCACCCUUGUCCUAUCCCCUUAAAACGCCAACCGGUGGUGGUGAACAAAGUUAAAAGGAUACAAAUGUAGCCAGUGCCACAUAAAUUAUGUAUUUACGAUAUAUACAUCUUCUUAGAUAGUCCUAUUGUUAUUUGUUUAAGUAAUGUUAGGAAGGAAUAUAAUUUCUAAUGUAGAGAGAUGUAAAGACGGUAAUGAGGUUAUACAUUAUAUAGGUGUUCACAAAUAGAGCUUCCCGAGUGAGUAAAUCACAUUUUGUCUACCAUUAAUGUUUUCCCUUUGUUCCCUGAUCAUUAAACUAUUAUUAUCUCUUAAUCUACUGCUACUUCAUCUCAUUUGUCAUUACCUAAUUUCUAAUGUGUUUACUUUAAAUAGUUUUCCACUCCACCCACAUUACCACCUUUGUCCGUAACUAAACAUAUUCAUAAUUUAAUAGCACUAUUCAUGAAAAUUACAUAGGAUUCAGACUAAAUCAAAGCUAAAAAUAAUCAUUUUUAAUCUUACCUACUUGCCACAAAUAGAUUCUAGAGCAUUUUUCACGUAGAAAUAUUUCGAAAUUUUCUUUCCUUUCAUAUAAUAACAUAGCUGAAAUCUUUAAUAAAUAAAUAAAUGAUAAACGUGACUGUAUAAUGAACUUAAAUCGUUUUAAAAUAUUGUAGUUAUGAGGCCUCCAUAGUUUUUACCUAUUGUUGAGGUCAGGUAUGAGUGAAUUGUUCUUUAAGUUUUAUUCGAAAUUCGUUAAAAAAAUUAGGCCAACAAAAUUUAGACGCGUAAGUUUUAUGUAAAUUUGUUGAGGCAGUUCAAAAUUAAUGAACAAAAAUAUUUAAUGAAAAAUAUUGUGUACCUAUCUAGUUAUAAUUAUUAUUAACCUUGUAAAUACAUACUUAAUUAUAUUUUGAAUGUUUCACUCAUAUCAAUUUAGAAAAUCUGUUUUAUUAGCAAAUUGUAAGGUUUUGAAUCCCGAAACACUGAAAUGUUUGAUUUAUGGACGUCGAUGUACGAUUUAAUAAACACAUUGUACCGAUUA